AAGUCGCACGAGCAGCGGCGAGCAGCGGUGAUUCUCGAGAGAGAUCUAUCAUUACUGGAAAAGUACAAUAUAAACUAAGCAGAUUUUACAAGGAUGAAGUUGUUGCUGAACAUAUAUUGGUUUUGCAUAGCAAUUGGGACGACAUUGCCAAUAAAUAAAACUCCCGUUAACACGAUACCAGUUGUGCCUAAUAUAGUUAGAACGUCGAAUCAGGAUGCAUUGCGCCUUCAAGAGUCGCUACAAGAUCCGGAAGUGCGUCCCGGUUUAUUCGAAGGAGAUAUAGCCGUAACCAGUGAGUAUUACAAUCACUGGCGCGUCGGUUUACGGUGGGAUGUGUUUCCGGAUAAACUGUGGGAGAACAAGACCGUCCCUUAUAUAGUCAGUACUCUGUAUACUGCUAGAGACGCUGCAAAAAUAUACAAAGCUGUCGCGUACAUGAAUCGCAUGACGUGCAUCAAGUUCGUCCCCUGGGACGGUAGAGCCAAGGACUUUCUGCUCAUUUGGCCGAUAAUGUAUCCGAAAGGAUGCUGGUCGUUCGUGGGGAAAUUUGGCGGAGCUCAGAUACUAUCGCUGGAACCGCCGGACGAGAAAGGGCCAAAUUGCCUGGAAAACGAGGGGAGAGCGAUACACGAGUUGAUGCACGCGCUUGGCAUUUUUCACGAGCACAGUCGGGCCGAUAGAGACACGUACAUAGACAUACAUUACGAGAACAUUAUGCCCGGAUUUCGAUCCAACUUCAACAAGCAAUCGCCGGAAAACGCGACGUACAGCUACGAGUACGGAUACGACAGCAUAAUGCACUACGGUAGCUACUUUUUCAGUGUAGAUCCCAUGAAACCGACGCUGACUCCAAGAACACCCGGCGUGACGAUCGGCCAGCGAAGAGCGAUGAGCAAAACCGAUUGUUUGAAGCUGAACGAUCUUUACGGAUGUUUGAACUCGACCGAGGAAGCACUAAAGUAUCGUAACAUUUGUAUUACAUUUGGUCUGUAAACGUACGACCUGAAGAUCAUCCUGACAAUAGCGAUACUUCGGAACAGUCACAAAAGAUGGGAGUUGCGGAAACGGAGAAACAUAAAAUCGAACGUGCAAUUGCGUUUUCCAGA